AUGUCGAAACAGUGGGCGAGUAAUAACAACGGGGCUUUUAAGAGACAGGUGUCGUCCUUCAGAGAAACGAUUUCCAAGCAGCAUCCAAUCUAUAAGCCCGCAAAGGGAAGAUAUUGGUUGUACGUUUCAUUGGCUUGCCCAUGGGCGCAUAGGACUUUAAUCACAAGGGCUGCAAAGGGACUAACCUCGGUCAUAGGAUGCAGUGUAGUCCAUUGGCACCUUGACGAAAAGGGGUGGAGGUUUCUUGACAUGGAGAAGCAACUGGAAGAUAAAGGAGACUUUUUGGAACAUUGGCACGAUGCUGCAGGUGGCAUCAAGACUGCUAAGGAGGAUGCCAGCAAGAGCUUUGCCGCAAUCAAGAAUGACAGCGAAAGGUUUAUGGUGGAUGCUACCAAUGAACCACAUUACGGACACAAGAGAAUCAGUGAUUUGUACUACAAGAGCGACCCUCAGUACUCGGCAAGGUUCACCGUUCCCGUUCUGUGGGACUUAGAGACCCAAACCAUUGUCAACAAUGAAAGUAGCGAAAUUAUCAGGAUUAUGAACUCAAACGUCUUUGAUGAAUUUGUCGAUGACAAGUACAAAGAGGUGGAUCUUGUCCCCGAACAUCUGGAGGCCCAAAUCGACGAUUUCAAUUCUUGGGUUUACGACAACAUCAACAAUGGUGUAUACAAGACCGGAUUCGCAGAGAAGGCUGAAGUUUACGAAAGUGAGGUUAGCCAUGUGUUUGAACAUUUGAACAAAGUGGAGAAAAUCUUAAGUGAUAAGUACGCUGGAUUGGAGGCGAAAUACGGUAAAGAUGACAGGCAAAAGAUUUUGAGUGAAUUCUUCAGCGUGGGAAACCAAUUGACAGAAAGUGACAUUAGGUUAUACACCACCAUCAUAAGAUUCGACCCUGUCUACGUCCAGCAUUUCAAGUGCAACUUUACCUCAAUUAGAGCUGGAUAUCCGUUCAUCCAUCUCUGGGUGAGAAACUUGUACUGGAACUACGAUGCCUUCAGGUUCACAACAGAUUUCAACCAUAUCAAGUUACACUACACACGCUCACACACAAGGAUCAACCCCUUAGGGAUCACGGCCCUGGGGCCCAAGCCAGAUAUUCAACAUUUAUAA